CUUGGUAGGUUGCCAAAAAUUGUAUCAGUUGGUAAGAGCUAAGCCCAAGUGGUAGAUGCUAAAGAUGUCGUGCCUCAAGCAUCAGUUGAUACUCCUAGUGCUGGUCCUGGUCGGCGUUGCUCUCGGUGCACAUGAUGGAGUUCAUCAUGUGGAGGAGCUGACUGGCAAGAGAUUCAUACAAGCGCGCUUUGACACCGGUAUAGCCACUGAAAAGUAUACGCCGCCAGAGGAAAAGAACCCCCAGUUCUGGUAUGACUUGGCUUAUGAGGAGCUGGGCAGGAAAUUGAAGCUGCCACAACCGAAUGGCAAGAAGGCCAAAAACUUGAUUAUGUUCUUAGGCGAUGGCAUGUCGCUGUCCACGGUGGCAGCAGCUCGUAUACUCAAGGGUCAAAAAGCGGGCGGAACUGGUGAAGAAGCGUCGCUGAGCUUCGAACAGUUUCCGCACACGGGUCUGAGUCGGACCUACUGCUCCAAUGCUCAAGUGCCGGACUCUGCCUGCACAGCUACGGCGUAUCUGUGCGGCGUCAAGACCAACAUCAUUGAGAUUGGAGUCAGCGCUGCGGUUACCUUUAACAACUGUACGGAAAGCCAAAAUCCAGAUAAUCGUCUCACCUCAAUUGCCGAAUGGGCCCAGAAUGCGGGUAAAUCCACGGGCAUUGUAACUACCACAACCCUCACCCAUGCCAGUCCAUCGGGCGCCUAUGCCAAGACAGCGAAUCGUAUGUGGGAAUGCGACACGGAUGUGGAAAGCUACGGUGUCGACCCCAAGGAAUGCGUCGAUAUGGCCACCCAACUGGUUACCCAAGUGCCUGGGCGAAACUUCGAAGUGAUGCUUGGCGGCGGCAUGGGCAAAUUUUUGCCAAAGUCCAUUAAGGAUUCGCAUGGCAAUCCAGGCGAGCGCUCGGAUGGUGUUAAUCUACUCUCACGCUGGCAGGCGAAGCACGACGGUGGCGUCCUCGUCACCAAUCGCAAGCAGCUGUUGAGCAUGAAUGUCUCCGCAGUCUCCAGCAUUGUAGGCCUCUUUCAGUCCUCGCUAAUGGAUUUCCACUUGGAGGCAGAUGCCAGCUACCAGCCUACGCUCUCCGAGCUCACGGAGGUCACCAUCAAGAAGUUGAGUCAAAAUAAAAAUGGUUAUUUUGCCUUUAUUGAAGGUGGCUUGAUUGACUAUGGCAAUCAUUAUACCAAGGCAGGCUAUGCUUUGGAUGAGGUACUGGAGUUCGAGAAGGCCAUUAAGUUGGCUCGCGAUUUGACGAGCAUUGAGGACACAUUAAUCAUCGUCACAUCGGAUCAUGGACACACGCUAUCAAUAUCUGGCUAUCCCGGCAGAGGCACACCCAUUCUCGGACUCAAUCAGCACGAUGCAGAUGUCAAUGGCAUUAAAUAUAGCACGCUCAACUAUGCUGCCGGUCCGAAGAACUAUUUGGAUGCGAAUGGCAAACGCAUGGAUAUGACGCAAGAAAUUGGUGGAAGUGACUUUGUCUUUCCUAGCUAUAUAACCAAAGAUCAGGGCGUUCAUUCGGGCGACGAUGUCGGCAUAUUCGCCUCAGGACCGCAGAGUCAUCUUUUUACGGGCGUCAUGCAACAGAGCACGAUUCCGCAUCUAAUGGCUUAUGCUGCAUGCAUUGGCAAAGGACCCAAGUUAUGCGAUGCCAAGUAGAGCCUUCAGGGAGAGAGAAAGAGAGGAAGGGAUGCAGAGGGGUG